UUGGAGAACUUUGGACAGAAAAGCGGAGGGAGGGGUAUGUAUGCAAAGGAUUGUCCAGGAGUGGCGAGGACGGAGGGGCAUGUAUGCAAAGAAUUAUGUCCUCUCUCAAGAGCGAGGACGGAGGGGAUGUAUGCGAAGAAUUGUGUCCUCUCUCAGGGGCAAGAGUGUACUAGGGGCAUAUCUCCAAAGAAUUGUUCUCUCUCAGGGGCAUGAGCAGAAGAGGGUGUUUGCAAAGAAAUGCCCCUGAGAUGAGGGGCAUGUUUGCAAAGAAGUGUCCUCUUUCAGGGGAAAGAGCAGAGGGGCAUGUAUGCAAAGAAUUAUCGUCUCUGAGGGGCAAGAACAGAUGUGAGAUGAGGUGAAAGUAGACUAGAAAGGGAAGAGGAAAAUCCAGGACUGUAGGUGGUGAAGGAUUGAAGAGCAGAAAAGAGUAGAAUAGACUAGGAAAUGGGAGGAGAGGAGGAAAAAUGGAUUAGAAACGAGAGAACAGGAGCAAACUGAGAUGAACUAAUGAGAGAAUUAGGAGGGAGAGAGGUUGGACACGCAAUGAGAAGAAAGUAGGGGGCAUUGCAUGCUGCGUGGGUGACGGACGACGGAUGUGACGCAAAAUAAUAAGGUGGACGGACGACGAACGUGACAGCACAUCAAAGGCAGAAGAUAAGCUCUGGUCGUAAUCUGCUGUUUGAAGCAUGUUGAGGGCAUACUCGCACUAGGACUUUCCCGGCUGUAUAUGGCCACUUUUCUGACCCUGCCUGGAUGCACCUGACCGCAAUUACGUCCACAGAAGAAGUGCAAAAUGUCCUAGUGUGAGUUAUGCCCCUGCCUGGAUGCACCUGACCGCAAUUACGUCCACAUAAGAAGUGCAAAAAGUCCUAGUGUGAGUAUGCCCCUGAAGGAGGGAAGAUGAAACAAGGUGAAUGGAAGAGAGGGAUAGAGAGAGAAACAGGAGAGGAGAGAAGAGUGAAGGACAGGAGAGAGCGAGAGUAGGAGGGGGGGGGGAAAGACGAGUGAAAGCAACGUAGAGGAAAAAGUGUACAGGAGAGUGGAGAAGAGGAGAGAAGAGAAGAGAGCGUGCGAAACGACGGCAAACAUUUCCAUGGAUUGUUUUAUUUUGCACUUUUUUCCAGUGAAGGUACCUAUGGUACCAGUUCAUAUAUUUGGGUACCUGAAACUCGUGUAGAAACACCCACCUUUGGAUACGUCAUCUUAGUGGGAAUUCUCUUAACAGUGGGAACUUAGUACCUACUGUUUUCUCUGCAGCUGAUGGCUGGGCCCAAUUUGGGCCCAGAGAGGCUCGGGCUUCUCUGCAGCUGAUUGCGGAACGUAAAUUGGAGUGAGCAGUGAAAUGUCCAGACAGGCUUGGGCUUCUCCGAAGCUGCUUGCCGGAUCUAUUCUGGAUUGACAAGGGAAUUUCUGGAGAGGCUUGGGCUUCUCCACAGCUGACUUCUGAACUGAUAUUUGGACCCAACAAUUGCCAAAGCCAAGUUGGAAUCUUCCGCGCACGUUCGGAGAGUCUCGGGGUUUUCUGCCGCUGCUUGCGACACCUGUGUUUUUUUUUUCUUUUUCCGAACCGACUGCCCCCAGGUAUACAGAAUUAUUUCAUUCUGUUCAUAAUUUGGAUUUGAACUUGGGUCUGUGCUUCAACAGCUGAGGGGUGUGCCAACGGAGCUAGGCCCGCUGGUAGCUGCUGCUUGCCAACCCUAAUUUGGAAGCACCAGGGGAAAAUUUCCGACGAGGCUCAGGCUUCUCCACAGCUGAUUGCGUUAACGUCGUCAGUGAAAUUCCGGAGAGGCUCGGGCACCAUGUCGAGCUCAUCAGGAGAAAGUGAAGAAGAUGGGCGGCUUGCGGUGCAAGCCGGGACGGACGCGUUGAAUCUCGCGGCAAUGGCGACUGCGACGACUGCAACUACCGGCACGACGACUACCACAUCGAGGAAGCGGGGCCUUGCCAGCCCAGGAGGGCCCUCGAGGCGAGCUCCCGCUCUCGCCCACGAAGUUGUGCUUGCUCUUAUUCGAGCCAAGCGAGCGGAGCUAAGCUCGCCGCAAGGCUCGACAACGCGCAUGCUCUCUGGGUCUGCUAGAUGGGCCGCCAUAGUCGAUGUUAUGGCAGCGGCCGGUCAUCCUGGCAUGGAUUCAGAAAAACUUCGCAAGAAGUGGAAUAACCUUGUGCAGACUUAUCGGAAGGUGAAGGAGUAUGAGAAGCUCCCUGGAGUUAAGUCCUACUGGGAUCUCACACCUGCAGAGAAGAAGGAGAAAGGGAUCGAGGUUUACAUCAACCAACCCACAUUCAUGGCUAUGGCAGAAUUUAUGGCUGAGCGGGAUGCAAUGAACUUGCAUGCCAACAACAAUGGAGGAAUGGCUGCGAACAGCAAUCCUAUUCGGGACUUGGCGUGUGUACCUUCGACCAGAUCGAACGGCGCCGGAGGAGGAGUGAUGCAUGAUGUAGAGGAGGAUGGGGGUGAAGAUGGAGAAGGGGAGGGGGAGGGAGGUGGUGUUUCACAUGGAAAUGUGCCCGGCACGCCCUCACGCGGAGCGCCGGGUAAUGACACAGAUGGGGCUGUCAACAGUGGGAAGAAGAGUAGGACUCAGAGCAUGGCAGCAUCGGUCGAAGGGCUGACGCAUGCGUAUGUGCAUGGCAGCGAACAAUUCAUCGCAGCGAUGAGGGAUGGGUCCGUAACUAUGGGUAAUUCAAUGGACUUGCAGACGGUGGCAAUGAGGGAUUCAGCAAGGGAAGUGGCGGCGGCAAUCAGGGAUUCCGGUAGGGAGCUGGCAGCAUCCUUGGCAGGACUUGCGGCUUCACUUGCUGCUAGUCGACAGGCAAAUUAUCACCCUCUUCCUCAUCCCCCUCCUCCUCCCGCACACCAUCACCAUCAACCAGCCCCACCACCUCCUCCUCCACAGUUCAAUACUACUCCGGAGUAUGGUGGAGCUCCACAGCACCACACAGUUAGGAGAACACAGAUUUUCCAGUCAGGCAACGAAGGGGUCUGCAACCCCCACGUUCCUACUGAGUGGCAAACUCCAUCUCAGGCAUUGUAGUCUGUUGAGCUGUAUGUAGCUUUGAUUCAAAACUAUUGUGCAUUUGAUCA